UGCAGUAUAUAUCCAGUUAGUUAGACUUUGGAAAGAAAGUAUCAAACAGACUACAAGAACACCACAUUUACUGGGGAAGCUGCUAAAUUCAGAAUCCCAAAACUUAUUUUCGCAAGUUCAACCAAUCACCAUGCCUCACGCCACUACCCCAAGUCCAAUCACCAUACACAAGAUACAACCUCAAGAAGGUUCAUCUUUCGACUUCGGCGCCGAGAUUCGAGGUGCUGACCUUGAAAACAUUACUGAAUCCGACGCAGAGAUAAUCAUCAAAGCUCUCUAUGAGAACCAAGUUAUACUUUUCAAGAGCCAGCAGGCCCUCUCACCAAAAGCCCAAUAUGAACUGACUCGGCUCUUCGACCCCUCAGCCACCGGUUACGGACACGGCAAAACUCUUGAUGCCAAACGCUCAAUUCUUCACCCUGACUUGAAGACCAUCCCUCACCAGCCACAAGUUCAAGUCAUCGGCAACGGGCCCGUUGCUGAAUUCGAAGGACUUAAAAAUAUUACACUGAAGCACCCUCACCACCGCACAUUUCACAAGCAAGCCAUCAGCGACGAAGAUGACCGUGAAAACACGAGAUUCUAUAGGUGGCAUAUCGACGCCGCACUAUAUGAUUUGGAGCCUCCAAAGGUCACGAGUUUGUUAGCUGUCAAGGUUCCAAAAACAGAAUAUCAGACGCUGCGGUAUGAUGAUGGAACCGGUGAUGAGUUGAAGCUAUCUCGGGGCAGCACAGCGUUUGUGUCAAGCUAUAAGAUGUACGAUCUCCUAAGCGAGGAAGACAAGCACUUCGCCAGAACGACAAAGGUUCAAUACGCCCCACACCCAUACAUCUGGAUGUCCCCUUCCAAGUCCCGCUCUGAUGGCCUCGGACUCAUCUCUGAUGAGCUAGAACUACCCAUUGACCAGCUUCCACCUGUUGAUGAAUCCAAAAUCAAGAUUCUACCUAUGUGCUGGAAGAAUCCUGUCACCAACAAACUGGCGCUGCAAGUGCAUCCAAGUGCUAUCCAAGCUUUGCAUCUAGCCGACGGUACCAUCAUCGAUGAUUUGAAGGAAGUACGGGAGAUUGUGCACCGUAUGCAAAGACCGGGCAUUGCACCAGAGCUGGUGUACGCGGUGGAUUGGGACGAAGGCGAUAUGGCCCUAUUCAAUAACAGGGGCGUGCUGCACACAGUCACUGGAAGUUUUGUGCCCGAGGAAGUGAGAAUCUUCAGGCAGUGCAACAUGGCGGCUAGUGAGCCUGUGCUUGGACCCGAUGUAUGAGAAGACCAACGGAGAGGUAGACAAGUGAAAACAAGGCCGAAUCAAACAUCGAUAACUAGAUAGUAUCACAAUCCAAUGUCCCUAGUGUC